AUGUCCACAGUCACAGUCACAAUGAGGGAUCCCUGCGCAUCAGUCUCGCCUGCAGUCAAAGGCGGCUUCCUGCACACCAUCUGGAGCCCCUUCGCCUCCUUCUUCCACACAUUCGGAUCCGUGAUCGGCUUCUGCCUCACAUUCAUCUUCGGCACCCUCCUGCCAGGGGCUCUUGCCCUUAUUGUCCUGGUCCUCUCCGCUUUUGCCUUCUGGGAACUGCUGUGCUAUCUCGCGAGGAAAUCUGGGUUGGCGGCGUGGUAUGCAUCGAUUGACGAUGAUAUACAGGAAAAGAAGAGAAAGGAGAGGGAGGAAAAGGGGGACUUGGAAACAGGCGCAGAGAAUAUUGAUGCUGGGGAUGAGAAGAAGAGGGUUGAAGUUGAGAUUCAGGUGCUGGAGAACUUGUUGCUUGAGAAGAAGAGGGAGUUGGAUUCUCUGGAGUGA